GAGAGAGAGAAAAAAAGACAGAGAUGAGAUGCUUGGAGCAGCUUCGGUCCCCUUGGAGACUCCGGCAGGAGCGCAACACGUGAUGAGAUAGAGAUAGAGAGAGAGAGAGAGAGAGAGAGAGAGAGAGAGAGAGAGAGAGAGAGAGAGAGAGGAAAGAAAGAAAGAGAGAGAAAAGAAAGAGAAAAGAAUAGAGAGAAAGAAAAGAGUGAGAGCGAGUGAGAGUGAGAAGAGAACGCGCGGAGAGUAAAUAGAACCGAACUGAAAAGAACAGAACAGAGGAGAACAGAGGAGUAAACACGACUUGAAGCGCGUCUCCUCUCCUCCCACAUCUCGUUCUCCUCCUGUGGGGGAUUCGGAAGAAGAAGAAGAGGAGGAGAGAGAACACGGAGUUAACGAACUUUCUGCACAUCCUCGGGAAACGCCAUUUUGAUUCCUCUCCGGAACAGCUUUACUUCUGUACACCUCUAUCUCUCCUUCUCUUAACCCACCGUCAUCAUCAUCACCACCACCACCACCAUCAUCAUCAUCAUCAUCAUCAUGUCUCGGCGAAAGCAGCCAAACCCCAACAAAGUCAGACUGUGAACCGUGGGUGCUGACGCUCGAGGUGCACGGCGGUCCCUCUCCACAGCCUCAUUCGAGGACUGUGAUGGAUAGUUUAGCAGAGGAGAAGAAGACAGGGGAGGAGGUCAGCUCCGCCAUCGGCACCAUGAAGGCCAAGCAGACGGAGGAGACGAAUCAACACGACGAGAGUCCAAAAAAGUCGGCGGUGAGCGUAGCCGACGCACAGAUCCGAGUGGAGGCAGGGAAAGAUGGAGCAGAUGGAGCAGACCUGUCGUCGAUCACCUCGAUGAUGAGCACCGUGAUGAAAGCAGCUCAGCUUAACGGAGGGGUGGAGAUUUCCAACAAAACCCCCAACAAAACUUCCAAUAAGAGCCCCAGCGCCAGCCGCUCCAGCAGAAAGAGUCAGGAUUCCAAAGAUGACACCUCAACUCACAUCUGCCCACUGUGUGACAAAAAUUGUCAAAGUCAGCACCAGCUUACCAUGCACAUUCGCCAGCAUAACUCGGAAACUGGCACUGCAGAUCACUCCUGCAGUAUCUGCGGAAAGUGCCUGAGCUCAGCCAGCUCUCUGGACCGCCACAUGCUGGUGCACAGUGGCGAGAGGCCAUACAAAUGCUCCGUGUGCGGACAAACCUUUACCACCAACGGCAACAUGCACAGGCACAUGAAGAUCCAUGAUAAAGAUCCUUCCCUCUCCAGUCCCACCAGCCCACUAUUAUCCGGUAAAAGGAAACGCUCCUCUGCUGUUCUUUCCAAGAAGAAACCUACUCAUAGUGACGAUGGAGAACAAGCUGAUGAGCCAUCCAGUAAAAGGCAGGGUGUAGAAGAUGGUGGAGUGGAUGAUCAGACCGGGAGCAAGGGGCAGGAGGAGCAGCUGCCAUGCCCCAUCUGCUUCAAGACCCUCAACUCCAAACACGAACUGGAAGCUCAUAUGGAAACCCAUCCUGACACUGCACUCAGGUGCGAGCAUUGUUGCAUCUCAUUUCGGUCACUUCGAGGUUUGCUCCGUCACAACGCAGCCAUCCAUAAGCAGCUGCCAACCGAUGCCAGUGGACGGCCAUUCAUCCAGGACAACCCCUCCAUACCCCUUGGCUUCAACGAUCUUGCUUUUAUUGACUUCUCCUGUCACAAAUUCCCUCAAAUUGCCCAGGUUUGGUGUGAAACCAAUAUACGCCGCUGCACCAGCAAGCUUCAUCGCUUUGUGUGUGAGACCUGUGACAAAGCGUUUCCUUUAAACAUGGCAUUAGACUUGCACAAGUCCACACACGACGCUUCUGAAUCCAAGGACGAGUCUGCUUCCUCCCAGCCUUCCAGUACAGAGUCCCCUAUAUCUGAAAAAAGUAGCUUCAUGGACUCGCUGGGUUUGCAACACAUUUCUCAGGUCAAACCUGUACCCUCAGAGGAGGAUGCCUAUCAAGCAGUGCUAGACAGUAUCCAUGUAAUCCACGUGGAUCCAUCGUCGGCCCAAAACGAUUCUAGCUUCCCUGGGGGGACUAGCCUGUCUCUGGUGGAUCCAACGUCGCUUCGGGGUUUGUCCCAGAAUGAGGCACUCAAACUUCUUUCCUUACAGCCAUUUCAGACUUGUUUUCUUGUCCAGCCAGAUGGUGGGAUGGUAGUAAAGCCAGUUUGUGGUGAGACCGGAAUGGAACUAGCUGACAUACAGCAGAUCCUCAAAGUGGCUUCUGCUGCCCCAGACCAGAUCAGCCCCCCUCCUUUGUCCAAGGCACCAUGCAGUGCAGUGCAGUCAAACUACAAGCAGAUGCCCCCACUCAAGCCAAAGCCUCUGGUGGCUCCUAGGACCAAUAUGACAAACUCCACUCCCCCUCCCCUUUUAAGCACCCAGCAGGCAUCACUAGGUUGCAUCAGCCCCAGUCUACCACCUCCUGCUGGCCAGUUUCCAAAUGCUGCCAAGGAACUGUCGCCAUCUUCAUCUUCAUCAUCUUCAACUUGCAACCAGGCUUCUAUUGAAAAGAUGCAAAUGGAAGCUGAUUGCAUGGGUGAUGCCCACACUCCUAUGGACACAGAUGACCAACAAACUAAGCCAACAGAAGAAAAGAUAAGGGAGCCAUCUGGGAAAAAGGGAGCGGGUCGCAAAGGGUCAUAUCCCUGCCGUCUUUGUAAACAGGUAUUUGCAUAUUCAGGGGUAUUACAGGCACACAUGCAUUAUCAUUUGGGUGUCUUGCCCCACCAGUGUAAUAUUUGUGACUACAUUGCUCCUGACAAAGCCACACUGAUCCGUCAUCUCCGCACCCAUACCGGUGAGCGACCUUACGUCUGCAGAGUCUGCCAUUACCCAUUCACUGUUAAAGCCAACUGUGAGCGUCACCUUCGCAAGAAACACAUGAAGAACACCCGAAAGGAAAUCGAGAAAAAUAUCAAGUACGUCACCUCAUCCACGUCAAUGCCCGAUGGAUUAGAACAAACUGGGGAAAGUGCCUGUCAUUUAUGUGGUGAGGACCUUAAGACCUUUCGAGCCCUAAAGAUCCACAUGCGUGUCCACAAUGGCUUCCAGAGAAAGCCGUUUGAGUGUAAGCGCUGUGGAGCAGCCUUUUUAGCCAAGCGUAACUGUAUCCACCACCUUCUGAAACAGCACCCUGAGAUUAAAGAGCAGGAUAUCGAAGAGCAUAUAGCUGCCAUCACUGUCGCUCCUUCUCAAACAAGUCCUAAACCUUCUCUAGUCAAUGGAAUGCUACCAAGUGCUUCACCCUGUUCCAUUAAAGUGGAGGAUCUAAGUUUCUAUGCCACAGAUCAGGACCAACCGCUGGACUUUUCAAACAAAAAUCGAGGAGGUAGCAAUGAUGGAAAUAUCAGUGUUUCUCCUGUAAUCAAAAUGGAGUCUACCACUUACGAUGAUUCCAUGGAGCCCAUUGAUCUCUCUAUUCCCAAGAAACCUGAGAAAAAUACGAAGGCAAAUCCCGAUGCAGUGCUGCACAGAGAAGUAAAAAAAGAACAGACAUCCUUUAACAUAAUGGAUCACACACUUGUCCUGCAAACAGAUAGAACCAUUGAUGAGAAACCACAGCAGCAUGGGUGCUACCAGUUUCCUGUUGCCUUGACCACCAUUAGUACAACCAGCUCAGCAGGUCGUGUCUCGCGGCUAAAGCCCCUUCUACCUAAGCCAAAUUCUGCUGACGUGAAGGAGCUCCCGCCAUUAGCGUCUAUUGCCCAGAUUAUCUCCUCUGUCUCUGGUGCCCCCGACCUACUGAAACGAGACAGCCCUAAUGGCUGUCUUGAUUCUGUCUCAGAGAGCUCAGCUGAGGAGUUUCUUCAGGAGGGAUCCAAAAGGAGAAGAAAUAAAAGGCAGGCCAACAACAUAUCAAAGGAAAAGCCCACGAUGAAUUCAACAGACCUCAGUGUUGAUCUCGAGUCCAGUGGGGAAUUUGCUAGUGUGGAGAAGAUGUUGGCCACCAGUAAUGCCAAUAAAUUCAGCACCUACUUAAAGACCAACAUUAUGGAGCUAGAAAGGAAAGAGGGAGGACAAUCAUGCAACGGUGACAAGAACGAAGCGAAAGAAGAAAAACACAUGCAAGGCAAGCAGUCUUCACAACCCCAGCAGUCCAAAGGGAAAAAGAAUGCAUACUCAAACUCUGUGCAAAAAAUGACUUGCCCGUUCUGUCCCAGAGUCUUUCCGUGGGCCAGCUCACUCCAACGCCACAUGCUGACACACACGGGUAACAUGGAAAUCAUGUUUAAAUGUCAAAAGCCGUACCCCUGCCCUAAAUGCGAAGCCCUAUUCUCAACCAAGUCCAACUGCGAGCGGCAUCUUUUACGCAAGCACGGCGUUACCAAUAGAAACCUCCGGCAAAAUGGCACCACGCCGAAAACCAAGGAGUCAGACGACUGCUCACCAGAGAGCGCAGAGAGCAUGUCUGAAACAGAGCUCCCUAGUGGUGAGGCAAUGGAGUUGACCAAUUCUGGAGCUGAAAAGCCUGCUGCAUCUGAUGCUGAAAAGCCCUCCCCUGCCAAGCCCACAGAAGCAGCUGCAGUAAAAGCUCUUCUUCACCAGGGGGAGCAAGAACACCAAGAUGUGCAUGAGUCAUUGAAAAAAAAAAGCACCGUUAAUGACGAUGAUACCCACAGCAAUAAAAGCCUGGACCUGAACUUUGCCAGUAAAUUAAUUGACUUUACGUUCUCAGAGGGUGAACAGCCGAAGUCCUCUCCUGUUGUAGACAGUGAUUCACAUGAACAGGACGAGUCCAAGCUGACCUGCAAGAGCUGCAACAAGAGCUUCAAAUACGCCGCCACUCUAGCACGACACGAAAGAGUUCACGCGUUAGAACUUGCAGCCGACGCCACUAACGUGGACUCCAAAACGGACGACGCGGCAGAGUCUUGCGAACCGAAAAAGGAUGACGUAGAAGACGAGGCGGAGAAAGCGGAGCUAAACGGGACAGCAGAAAGUGAAGGAGCAGGCAGUGCGAUGGACAGUGGCUCCGAGGAUGACCGAGAGGAGAGGAGUGAUGAAGAAGGAGGUGCAACUGAACCAAAGAGCUGUGAAGGGGAGGCUGAACUGUCUGGGAGCAAAACUGACAAGAGGAAGAAAAUCUGCGUAGUGUGUGGCAAACGUUUCUGGAGCCUUCAGGAUCUGACAAGACACAUGCGCUCUCACACGGGUGAACGACCCUACAAGUGUCAGACCUGUGAGCGCACGUUCACCCUGAAACACAGCCUGGUCAGGCAUCAGCGUAUACACCAGAAACCCCGUGGUGCGGACGGAGAGAUGGGCAGAGCUGGAGAGGAGGAGGGAUUCAGCGGGGGCUCGGCCAGCGAGAGGGUGUCCACCCCGAACAGCACGAACCCUCCGUCUGAAAACGAGAGCGAAAACACAAAGGAGAAAAAGCAAGAGUCUGCCUCGGCUACAAACAGUGAGCCCGAACUUAGUAAUGAAGCUUCUGUCACAGAGGAGGCAGAAUCCGAACCAGCUACCGACACACCCAAAGAGCCUCCAGCAGAGCAACUAGCCCCAGAUUCACCAGAGGUGGAGCAAACCGACAGAUUUCUGCAAGGCCUGCUGGAGAUCCAUUCCAAGCCUGACAUCGAGUGCAUCCUUCCUACCAGCGAGCCUCCUCUCAUCGGCGUGGAGUGAAAGAGUAACUCCAGUGUGAGUGCCAUACAAUAAGUACUUUUGUACUGCAAAAACAUUUUAAACAGCAACAAAAAGACCAUUUACAAGUGCCUUGCUACUUUUUUUUGCUAUAUCUUUAUCUACUACCAGAUGAUUUAGUUGAUUUUUUUUUAGAGUAUUUUAUAUAUAUAAAAAAAAAAUCUUUUUUGAAAAUGCCACAUAAAGCAAUACAUAAAUGAACACUUUAGUCUGAUGAUUUGUAUAUGAUUAAAAGACUGAACAGAGAACGGUCCUAUAAGGCUGUUAGAAGCUGGCACAUGGCUACUGAGACUACUGUGUGACGACUUGUGCAUACAAGCAUAACUGGAAUAUGCGCUUAUAUUUCAAAGGGCUGUUCACGGACUCAAAUCCACCUUCUAGCUUUAGUAAUAGAAAGGCAUCCAGAAUACCUGAAACAGUGAAUUUUAUUCUGGCUUUUGUAUUACAUAAAAGACGGCACGGUGAGUUGAAGUGGCUUCGAUCUGGAAGGCAGAUCUGCAUUAUGGGUGACUCUCUGUGCGGUGUGCAACAACUCAGUAUAUAACAUGUGGGCAAUAUUUGCCUAUAAUAGCACGUUUUUGUUCCCAGUUACGUCCUGUUUUAACCUUUAUAUUAUUUCAGGCAGAAAGUCAAGGACAGGUUUUUUACAGAGGGAUGUGCAGUGUUUUUUUUUUUCUUUCUUAAAAUCUAAAAGACUCAAGAAGAAGGGCUUUAGCUCCAGCGUCACUUACAAAACAGAUCUAAGCAGAAAGAGAGUCCAACUUAAAACGUCUUCCAAAACCAUUCUACUUCAGGCCUUACUUGUGUUUCUCCAGAGGUCUUAGGAUGGACCUCCUGCUUCCAAACGCUAGUUGUUCUUAUUACUUGAAAUCUGUCACCCUGCUGCCUCCUGUCUGGCUACGGCACCAGUUCCAGGACCAUCAUCCUCCUGAGCAUCUCUCCUAGUUAGGAGAUCAGGUCAAUCAUGUGAUCACAUGUGGAGUUGGGUUUUUAUGUCAUUUAAAUUUUUUUUUCCACAAAUGUGUAAACCUCAACCUCUAAGUGAACCUCAAAGAGCAGCAAAGCGAACUGACAGCGUAAUUACGACCGGGCGACUACCAUUUACCACAGAAAAUUUUAACAGGAACCGAAAACCGUUUGCAUUUGUCGUGCGAGUGCUAUGGAACAGAGUAUUAGUAAGCGAGCGUUUCUUCGACGGGAGACGAGCAGUCCUGUACAGGACGGCGUAUUCCCUCACCGCAGUGGCCACCGGCACAAGACUAGUGUUGGAUGAACUUGAAUGAAAAAUGCAAUCUCUUCCUCAGUCUGCGUAUCGUAUUCUGAGACUCCGUUUCUCCUGAUGCCUUUUCCUGGGAUGCUACGUGUGAGUGUGUUGCGUGUGUAUCCACGUGUGUAUAUAUUUCUGUUGAGAAUGCACACGGACUGUUUUAAAUGUAUUUAUUGUAGCCCAGUGUGGGUAAAGAAGUAAAAAUAUGGAGAAGCCAUGUAUUAUGCUGCAGAGAGAAAUGUUUUAGACUCGAUACUUUAGUAGCCCAGCUGAUCUGGGUCUUUUUGGGUUUUUUUUUUCUUCCCCUAGCAAUAAUCAUUAUUGAUCCAAAGGCUUUAUGUAGAUGUUUUUAUGUUUUAUAGACUCGGUGGUCAAUUUUGUCUUUUUUUUUUUUUUUUUUUUGGCUAUCAUUAUUAUCACUAUUAUAUCAGUUUGGAUAAUAUGAGUUCGUUUUUUUUUUCUCUUUGAUAUACGAGGCAUAUAAAACUGUGAAAUUUAUUGUUUGUUGGGUAAAUCUUUAGGGUAGAGUUGCAUGUUAACCUUUUUUAAGUUCUAUUAAAUGGAUGUUUUUCUGUUCCUUUUACUUUCUCACACUGUCUUGCUCUCAGGGUUUUUACAUGAUGCUUAUUUGAAAUGUACUUUCCUGAGUUGCAAAUAUUCUCCCCAACUCUUGAUUUUGGAACAAUUUGAACUGUCAAUCACUACUUCUAGCACUUGACUGUGAAUUAAAAACGAGUGGGAUGGAUAAAGAUGUUCUGAAUCCAUGCACACCCACAUUCCUCUCAUCAAUUAUUCUUUUUUUUUUCUUUUCUUUUUUUUUUCCUCUGGUCGUUUAUUUCCUGGUUCCUUCAUGCUCUUUCUCCUUUAAAUAUGGCAAAAACUACAAACUGAUGACAAAAGUCUUGCCAUCUGACUCCGAUUGAUAUUUAAAGGGAGCUUUGCGUCGCUGCUACACACAUAAAGCGUAAUUCUACUGGACUUGAACAGAAGCAGAAUCAUCAAUAGUAUUUUGGUACACUACUCCUGCUCUUCACACGAGUGCUUUUUGAAAUCAGAAAUUUAAGCUGUUCUGUAUCAAACCUUUAAAGCAAUAAAAUUAUAUUAAUGCAAAAUGA